UAACAUACAAAUUGUCGAGUUUAAACAACGACGAUUGCCUUGGGCCGAUUCACGUGGAGGACUCGACUAAGCUGAUCGUGAUCACGAGGGAGAAGAUCUGACGUGGAAGGAGGGAGGAGGAGAGUUAGUGGAGGGGUGGAGGAGAGGAAGACUCUUUGAAAAAAGAGAAGAAAAGUCAAACAUGAUGUCGUCUAGCAUGGCACAGGAGACGACAACGACGACGACUACGACGACUACGACGACGAUAUCGGAUCUCACUGAGGUAGACAGCGACGGCGGAGGUUCCAGUUCGAAUGAACGAGAUUUGAGGAAGAAGGGUCUUCGUCUUCACGGAGACGCUGAUUUAGCUGGACCGAAGAAGAGACGAAAGCAAACGACACCGGUAAGAUUUUCCUCGUCCUUGAUGAGCGGUCUCCAAGACGAAUCUAACGAGGAUGAUGACGAGGAGGAGGUGGAGGAGGAGGGAGAACUCGUGGGGGAAGUAGAAAAUCAUCAUCAUCAUUCCUCGAUGGAAGAUGAUAAUCUUCAGAGUGAUAUUCGUUGUCAAUAUUGCGGUAUGUUUCUCGAGAACAGAGAAAUGUUGAACGUACAUUUGGAGAACGAACACGGUUCUGGGAGCAAUCAAACGAGUGUUAUGUUACAACAUAACUCGCCUGUUAUUAAAUUAGAACCACCUUCCAAUCUAUCGGACAGUCCCGUCAAUCUUUUGACCGUUAAAACUUUCCCAUCUUCUUGGAUAAACCAACAACAGCAACAACAACAGCAACAGCAGCAACAACAACAUAGCGUGCAAUCGCAAACGCAAAUGCAAUCGCAAAGCGAGGAACCUUGGCCAGGACCGUCGAAUCAAUUGGCAAUGAGUAAUCAUCAUUUGCAAGCAUUAUCGGGAUUUCCAGGUGCCCUGGCAUCGUACCUUCCACUGUCAACGUUUCCAUUGACCGAUCCGACGCAUAUUCCAAGAACGUCGAUAGCUCCUGUUGCCCCGGUUAGGAUAUUCAAUCCCGAGGCUUAUUGCGAUCUGUGUAACAAAGAAUUUUGUAAUAAGUAUUUCUUAAAAACGCACAAGGCUAACAAGCACGGUAUUUACGUGGAUUCACCUGGACCGAAUCCGAAUGAAAGUGCCAACAAUGUUCCUACACAAUUAUUUCCAACCGGUGGUGGUGGUGGUGCUGUUGGUGGUGGUGUUGUUGGUGGUAGUGGUGUUGUUGGUGGAUAUUCAAGCAACACAAUUAAAUUGGAACCMCCUGCCACUCCGCCGAUGCCAAGCGUACCAUGCGAAAUUUGUCAAAAACGUUUUAAAAACGAGGAAUCCGUUAGGAAGCACAAGCAAAAGAUGCACAACAACGAGUCGAUCGAACAUACCGAUCAAUCAUUACCUGCUUCUCAAAGCGAAGACGACAGGGAGACACCGCGUAGCAGUCCUGGUGGUAUCGAGUCGCUUUUCAAACAAGACUUCGGCAUGGAACAAGAAGAGACGACGUUUAUGCCAGCACCGAGACACCUGUCUCCCCAAUCGAUCCAACAGGCACGCGAUUCUGGAUUCAACGCCGAUCGUCUUCGUCGUCUUGGUGUCAUCAAUCCCGACGCGUUCUGCGAAAUAUGUUGCAAGGAAUAUUGCAACAAGUAUUUCUUGCGUACCCACAAAAUGAAACGACACGGUAUCGUUAUACAAGACAACGAAAAGUCACCCAGCAAUCCGGCGGCAGCAUUGACCUGGCACCAGGUACAAACUAGCCCAUUGAAUUUAAUCGUAACCGAAUCCGGAAACGGAUCCGAAUCGAACGAUCGUACCAACGACGAUUACGAGUGUAAACCUUGCGGAAUAAGAUUCCAAACUAUCGGACUUUAUCAAGCACAUUGCAGGAAAAUGCACGAGAAUAACGGUGAAGAACACUCGCCCAGGCAAGAAUUCGAUCAGGACACGUCGCAGGAUCAACGCACGGAUUCCAUUUCCGAAGAUCUUCAAAAACUUCAAACGAUGAUCUUACAAUUGAAUGGCUUGGAUCAAUCGGUUAUCGGUAAGGUGUUACAAUCCUGUAACAUUUGUGGAAAAGAAUGCGAAUCGAGAUCCGCAUUAAGAAUUCACAUGGCUACCGAACACGGUAACGUCUCGGAUAAUCCCCUUUCACCUGGUCAAGAAAAAUCACCGAGUAAUACCAACGUAACGGCAUUUUGUACGUUGUGCGAGAAGGAUUAUGUUAAUCAGGAAGCUUUGAAAAAGCAUAUCGUCGAGGAACAUCAAGCUACUCUGCCAAAUCCUUUGUUACAAGUACCUACGACUACGAGUUCUAGUUCGAUAAUUAAUUCGACGACCAAUCCGACUACACCCAACAGUAACAAUCAAACGCAAUCGGAUAAAAAGAUUGCGUCUAUGACACCUACUUCGAGUUACUGCGUUAUUUGCAAUAAAGAAUUGUGUAACAAGUAUUUUAUGAAAACGCAUAUGCAAAAGAUGCACGGAAUUCAGAUAGAAAACGGCGCGCAAAUAGGUGGCGUAAUAUGUAACAUUUGUAACAAGGAAUUGUGCAGUAAAUAUUUCUUAAGAGUACAUAAACACAACAGUCAUGGAAUAGUCAACGAAAAUACUUCAUCUUCCUCCUCGGCUAAACAGGAAUCGUUCGAUGCAUCCAGUUCCGAGGAUGCUGCAUUGAAACCGGAACAAUUGGGUGAUCUUAGUCAUCGUUAUUUUACAUAUUUUACCGAAGUUUGUCCGUUUUGCAGUAGAAGGUUUCGCAGUAUAAAAUGGCUUAAAGCACAUCUUUUAAACGAUCAUGGAAAAAAUGGUAUUGACAAGUGGCGCGAGAUGGAACAACAAAAUCAAACGUCAACGUCGAAAAGCAACAAUCGGUCGGCUACUGCUGCUGCUGCUGCUGCUGCUGCUGCUGGUAAUUCGUCGAAAUCAAGCGCACAAUUAUCCAAUUUGAAAAUACCAAAUGGUUUUGAAUUGAGUCAACAAAACAAACCGACCGAUUUAACGGGCUUGGGAAAUCAAGUGUUGUCGAAUUUAUUGGGUUCUUCUUCGGACGAUCAACAAUUGAAAAGUUAUCGUUGUUCCUAUUGCAAUUUUUCCACAACCGUAUUACCAUUUUUAUUUCUACACGAAAGAUCUCACGUUAAUACGCAGGAAAAUAUCGAGACCGAGAGUAAUACACUUCAAUGUCCGAUAUGUUCGCAAAGAUUUCAUCAGCCCGAACAAUUGCAUCAACAUUUGUUAACGAGACAUCAAUUUUCAGCAUUGCUGACGCAAUUUCAAACACCACCGAUACUUCAAACACCGAAUGUUGAUCAAGAAAAGCUUGGUAUACAUUUAGAUUCGAAAGAUACCAAAUUGGAAAUAGAAACUAAAGAGGACAAUAGUGUAAUCAAUCAAACGCAAAUCAAUCAACCAACGCAAAUCCAAUCGGAACAACAACAAAUGAUAAAUCCGAAAGUUCAAGAGGACAACAACCCAGUCCAAGUAACCCCGCACGGAACUUUCAAAUGCGCUCAGUGCGGUUAUGCAACGACCAAUGUAAACAGGAUUAGAAGGCACGUUAAAAAGGAUCACACGGCUAUCGGUGAUCCAACUGACAGCGUAAUAGCUGAACUUAGUAAAACCUUAAAGGAUAUUGCCAACAGACACAAAGUACCAGCUUGUUAUGCCAUGCCUCAAGAUGCUAAUGUAAAUAUUGAGAAAACGAUAAUGCAACCAUUCCUGAUCGAUGAACAACAGGAUCCCUCAUCGGUUAACAGUGACGAUUCCAAUUCGGAAAAACGAUUUACACCGGCUCUCGUUUAUUUACCUGUUAAAUCACGAAUUAGCAGUGCGCUUACCGCAUCCUUCACUCUGACGCCUGCUUAAAAAACAUAAAAGAAAGAAAGAAAGAAAGAAAAAAGA